GUCGAUUGGUGGAUAUAUGAUAAGGAUUAUACUAGUAAAUAUAUCGGUGUUCCUAUAAUGGGACACCCUCUAGGGUAUAAUGAUAAGGUUUUCACUCAUGAAAAAGAUGGCACAUUAAACCAAUAUCACUACUCCAUCCGAGGUAUAUGUCGAGGCUAUAUAGGAAGUAUAAUUACAAGAGUAAUCACUCUAAAGAGUGAUGCCAUUCUAUCAUUAGACCUUUUUACCUAUUUUGGGGAUCCAUUAGAUAACGAAUGA